AUGACGCCAAACCUCACAGCACCAAUCUUCCGCCCCUGCCGCCCCCGCCGUACCGCCCCGCCCGAUGACCCCCAGAUCCAGGCGUACCGCAGCAUCAACGACGUGCCGCACCAGCGGGAGCUGAGGAUCUUCACGGACACGGGCGCGGAGGCGGUGCUGCUGCCGCUGUACGGCGUCAUGGUGCCGUUCCACAUCACCACCCUCAAGUCCAUCACCAUCAACCAGGACAACGACCACGCAUACGUGGUUCAGGAGAUCAAGCUGCUGCGGUCCACUGUGCUGUCGCGCGACAAGGAGCGCGCGGAGAGGGCCACGCUGGUGGUGCAGGAGAAGCUCGUGCGCGGCAAGCGCGUGUACCGGCUGCCAGACCUGUGGGUGCGCCCCACCCUGGGCGGCCGCGGCCGCAAGAUCCCGGGGGCGCUGGAGGCGCACGCCAACGGGUUCAGGUACAUGAACCCCAAGGGGGAGGGCAUUGACGUGAUGUACCGCAACAUACGGCACGCGUUCUUCCAGCCCGCGGACAACGAGAUGGUGACGAUCCUGCACUUCCACCUGAUCGAUCCCAUCAUGAUGGGCAACAAGAAGACAAAGGACGUGCAGUUCUACGCGGAGGUGAUGGACGUGGUCCAGACGCUGGACGGGUCGCGGCGCGCGAUGCACGACCCCGACGAGCUGGAGGAGGAGCAGCGGGAGAGGGAGAGGCGCAACAAGAUCAACGCCGACUUCCAGCAGUUCGUGAGGCGCGUGCAGGAGAUGUGGGAGCGCGACAUGCCGGACCUCAACCUGGAGUUUGACGUGCCGUUCAGGUGCGGACAGCAGCCGCGACCGCCGCCGCCGCCGCGCCAGCAGCAGCAGCAGCAAGGGGAGCUGUCAUUCGAGGGUGUCCCCCACCGCAGCACCGUGACGGUUAUGCCGACUGUCAACUGCGUGGUGGAGCUCACGGAGAUGCCCUUCACGGUGGUGUCCCUGGAGGACAUUGAGGUGGUCAACCUGGAGCGCGUGGGGUUCAACCUCAAGAACUUCGACAUGGCCAUCGUGUUCAAGGACUUCAGCCGGGACGUGCUGCGCAUUGACGCCAUUCCCACCAAGAAGCUGGACACGAUACGCGACUGGCUGGUGCACGUCAAGAUCAAGUGA